GGGCGCUGGUGCCAACGCACGACGUUCGGUGUUCCUCAUCGAUGGAGGUGGGCGAGAGCGCUGUCGCGAGGGACGAGCGGUGUUCGACAAGAGAAGAGAGCGCUGUUUGAUGAGGGAGGAGCGCUGUUCGAUGAGGGAGGAGCGAUGCUCGACGAGGGAAGAGCGCUUGACGACGAGGGAUAUUAUGCGCGACAACGGGGCCAGAGGAUGCUUCCUGCGAUAGGGACGAGGGAGGAGCGCUGUUCAACGAGGGAUGCUAUCCGCGAUAGAGACGAGGGAGGCUAUCCGCGGAGGGGUCGGGUGCUACCUGCGAGAAGCUUCCCCACGCCCCCCUGCCUCACCCACCCGCGAAGGUCCCUCACCAACCCGCGAAGGUCCCAUUCCUCACCCACCUGCGAAGGACCCCUUCGCCCACCCCCAAAUGACCCUCGCCCACCCGCGAACAACCUAUCGCACCCACCCCCAAACAACCCUUAUCCGCCUGCGAAGGACCCCUUCCGCACCCACCACCAAAUAGCCCUCACCUACCCGCAAAGGUCCCCCACCCACC